CGGUGUUUCCCUGAGGGCUGCAGCUGCUCUACAUGCAGCCUUCUGCUAGAGCGCCACUGCCUCAGCGGCCCGUGCAGAGAUGGCGAGGAAACCCCGUGGACACGGCACUGCUUUUUCAUGACGGUGUCAUGGAUGAUGAAGACGAUCGUCGUCUUCUGGAUUUUAUUGGUGAUGUGCAAGCUUUGAAUGACUAUCUUCAUGGCUCCAAUGGCAAAUCGAUAGAGGAGGAUGACUUGACAAAUGCAACUUUUGAGUCUGGAAGCUCCUUUUUUACGAAUGAUACGGGUGGCUCAGAUGAAGGGCUAAAAGAUGGCCACAAUCAUUUGGAAGAGUUUGGUGAGGUUGGUGCAUCUGGACUUCAGCUCUCUAGCAGUCUUCAGUUCAUUGAAGAUGAGCUUGAAGGGGGCCUAUCCCCUGGCGAGGUUGACCUUGGUGGUGAGGACCAACCUUUUGACAUACUCCAGAAGUCUCUCCUGGAGGCAGAUAUUACAGAGCAGACACUCGCCCAAGAGGCCUUGUUGGACUCUCAGCCAACCCUAGCGCCUGCCACUAAUACCUUUCCCCAGCAGCUGGUCUCAGGGGUACCUGGAGGUGUUUCAGAAACUGGAGUGGUGGCUCCAAUGCCCCUAGCUGGUGCUCAGCCUCAGGCUUUUAUUCAGCAAGUUCCUCAACUGCCAUUACAAAAUGGACCUGCAGGACACAUUCAGUUUAUGGGCUCCCUUAAUGGUAGCAGCUCUUCUAUGAUGACUUUCAACAGCCUAGAGCGGCCUCAGAUAUUCUUAAGGACUGGUGGAAAUGAAGUAACUGGUAAUACUGGGCAGGGUACAGUGUUUGCUGCUCCUACUCCUGGACAGAUAUCAGCACCCUUUAAUAAAGGGACAAUACCAUUGCAGAAUAUUAUCUUUCAGAGGGCCCCUGUAUCACAGACCUUGGUCAGAUCCAUUCAGCCUAAGGCCCUUCAGACAGGAGGACAAAAUGUGUACAAUAUCAGCAACCUAGGAAUCCAACCCAACACCACUAUGUCAAACCCAGUCAAUAACACCUUCACAGCCAAUGGCUCUCUUCAGGCUUCCCAGCAGGUAAAAGUAGUGAGUCAGGCCACCAACAUUGUAGUACAUUCUCCUUUAGGACAGCAAGGACAGCCACAGACCCAGUCUGGUCUUUCCAAGGGACAGUUUAUAAUACCCACUGGCAACACAGUCCAUGGCAUUCAAGCUGUGAAUGGCCAGGUGCUUCAAACCAACACUCAAGGAGGUGACCCAUCCUUAGCUAGCACUACUACCUAUUCCAUUCUGACUAACCAGAACACAGCUGUGCAAAUUAUUGCUGGACAGAAUUUUGCAGCUGGCGGGCAGCUAAUAGUAAACCAAGGUAUGGUUAGUGCGGGUCAGAUGGGGCAAGCCUCUCCUACAGGGGUAAUGCAGGUUGCCCAGAGACCUGACGUCACAGCCAAGGUUUGGACUGCAAGCGCAUCACCGACGCCAACUGUUGUUCAGACCUUACAGGCGCCAAACCGUCUCACCAUGGUAAACUCCACAACCCAGGCUCUGCCGACUCAUCUGCAAAUAUCUGUCAGCCCAGGGCAAAGGCUUCUGGUGCCAGUAGCACAGAACAACACAAGCUCACAACACAUUGCAGUUCAAAACUUACAGCAUCAGGUACUUCUCACUCAGAAGGAUUCCACGUUACAAAAACAGACAGGACAAACACAAUUGGUUAAUCUUCUUGGUAACCAAAAUGUAAACAGUCCUGCCAACCAGGAAUCUUUAAAGAGACCUGCAAAUCAGCAGCUCAGUAAAGCAGGAAUGUUUCUUGAGCAGCUCAGGAGGGAUCACCUGGGGGUCAUGACUCCAAACCAUUCACCAUUCACUUCAUUAAACGAUGUAGCUCAAAGAUUGUUGCCUUAUCACGUGUUCCAAGGAACACCACCUUGCGAGGAGGAUUUUGCAAAAGUUGAUGAAGACUUUGAGGCUGUUGCCACUCAGGUGUUGCAGAAAACACAGUCAAUGGUGAACAAAUACAGGCGUUUGCUAAUGGUGGAGGCAGAGCGGUGUAACCCAUCAUCAGAAAUAGUCAUGAUCGACAGGACGUUUAACCAAGAGGAACGGAACAACCUGACUCAAGACAAACGGAUGCUUCUUGUAGACCCAGACAGCUUUCUAGAGGAGUUCUGCUGUGGGCCUAAGAAAAAACUUUUGAACACAAAAGGAUCCACAGAUUCAAGUCAUCAUAAAGGGAUUCCCAGUUUAUUGGAGACAUCACCCAGGCAAAACACGACACAUACUGAAGGCGUUGAAGAGAGGACAGGGGGCUCCAUAAAACCUGGUUAUAGGACAGAAGCAUACACACAUGAGGAUCCAGGGGGUGGGGGGCACAAAGAAGCCCCCAUCAAGAUCAGCAUAAACAUUAAGAAAAAGAGGGCCAGUAAUGUCAUCAGUAGCAGCAAUGGCAGUCAGAACCACCAACACGUUCACCCUGCUCAUCACUCAACAUCUCCCAGCCAUUCCCUGCACAGCUCUGAACAGCUCUGUCCCUCAGGACAGGUCCAAUCCACAGCUCAUAGUCAGGUCCAAUCCACAGCUCAUAGUCAGGUCCAAUCCACAGCUCAUAGUCAGGUCCAAUCCACAGCUCAUAGUCAGGUUCAAUCCACAGCUCAUAGUCAGGUCCAAUCCACAGCUCAUAGUCAGGUCCAAUCCACAGCUCAUAGUCAGGUCCAAUCCACAGCUCAUAGUCAUGUUCAAAUAUCAGACACAGACUCUGUUCUUGAAGCUGCAGUAAACAGCAUAUUAGACUGUUAGUCAAUUGUAUUUGUUUGUUUGUUGUUUUUGUGUUGAAAAGAUGUGUUUUAUAUCACAAUGACUAUGUGAGUUAAAUCCAAUAUGUGAGGAUGCCCUUUGGCAAAGUUUAUGCACACCGCUCGUAAGUUGCUGGUUUGGUAGAGAACACCUUCCAUAUAGUUGCAGUUUGUAGAUAAAACUUUUGUAGCCCUUCUAUGGCUAUGCACAAUUUUCUGCCACCAUCUAGUCACCCAUCCCUGGAAAAAGACAGGACCUCAACCUCAAAUUCUCAGUUUUUUUUUUUACCAUUUAAGCAUGGGCAACAUAGGCAAAAUCCCCUGUCAUGGUAAAUGUAUUUUUUUUUAAUCAUAGUAAUGUAUAUAAUCACAAUAUGCACUUUUUGUAGAAAGUUUUUUUUUUGCUUUUGUCAAAAAGCCCACAUUUGAUGACCAAUCUGUUUGUGCCUUUAUUAUUAUUUUUUUUUUAGACAAACCCCAGUCAUGUUUAUUUGAAGUUCUGUAUGAACGAAA